AUGGCGUUUAUUAAAGAGGAGAGUGAAGAUGUGAAGAUUGAAGAAACAUUCACAGUCAAACAUGAAGAUCCACAGGAACAAGCAGACCUAAUUGAAGAGAAUGAGGAGAGUAAAGAAAAGGAACAUCAUGUCAAAAUUGAGGAAAAAACUCAUUUACAGACUGAUGAUAUUUUAAAAAGGAGAGACAAGAAUCGUUUCAUCUGCACUCAGUGUGGGAAGAGUUUUGGAAGAAAAGACAUUCUUAAUAAACACAUGAGGGUCCACACUGGAGAGAAACCAUUCACAUGCACUCAGUGUGGGAAGAGUUUCAGCCAAUCAUCAUCCCUUAAUCACCACAUGAGGAUCCACACUGGAGAGAAACCAUUCACAUGCACUCUGUGUGGGAACAGUUUCAACCAAUUAUCAUCCCUUAAUCUACACAUGAGGAUGCACACUGGAGAGAAACCAUUCACAUGCACUCAUCAGUGUGGGAAGAGUUUCAGCCAAUCAUCAUACCUUAAUGAACACAUGAGGAUCCACACUGGAGAGAAACCAUUCACAUGCACCCAGUGUGGGAAAAGUUUUAACCGCUCAUCAGACCUUUAUCAACAUAUGAGGAUCCACAAUGGAGAGAAACCAUUCACAUGCACUCAGUGUGGGAAAAGUUUUAACCGCUCAUCAAACCUUUAUAAACACAUGAGGACCCACAAUGGAGAGAAACCAUUCACAUGUGUUCAGUGUGGGAAGAGUUUUACCUUUUCAUCAACCCUUUUUCAACACAUGAGAAUCCACACUGGAGAGAAACCAUACACAUGCAGUCAGUGUGGGAAGAGUUUUAACUGCUCAUCACGCCUUUAUCAACACAUGAGGAUCCACACUGGAGAGAAACCAUUCACAUGCCCUCAGUGUGGGAAGAGUUUCAGCCAAUCAUCACACCUUAAUCAACACAUCAUGAGCCACACUGGAGAGAAACCAUUCAUGUCUAAUCAUCUUGUUUAA